AUGGAGAGUGUGAGAGCCGUGGUCUACCUGUCCAUCUGUCUGUCCGUGCUGACGUCACUCUGUCAGGGUCAAAGGUCGGCCGACAACCCACUGCCGUCUACACUGGACGAGCAGGUCCUAGGACUCACAACCAGAGAGCUGGCGGAGGCUCUGCAGGGUUUCCUGGAUGAAGCUGACAGCAGGGUCGGUCUCUCUGUGGAGAAGAAAGCCAGCGUCAUCCCGCGGUGUGACGUUGGUGAACGAUGUGCGAUGAAACAUGGGCCUCGAAUUGGUCGACUGUGCGACUGUCUGAGGGGAACAGCCUGUAACACCUUCUUUCUGCGUUGCUACUGA